AUGGAAAAAUCAAGAUCUUUGUUCCAGGAAAUAAUUGGCUACAAGAUGCUCUUUGUCUUCUUCCUACUUUUUAACACAGAUAUUCUUGUAGAUGGACAAACUGCAAUCCAGCCUGUUAGCACAGAAAUUGUGAUCGCCAGCACAGAAAUGUCAAGCCAUUUUUAUGAAAGCUCCCCAACUUUGGUAUUUCCGAAUCCUACCGUUUUUUCAAACGUUUCCACAGUAUCUGUUAAAUCACCUCCUGAAGCCACCACAUCUAGCACUCCUAGCAUAAGACCUACAGUGCAUCAAACAGCAUCUCUCAUGACAACACUUCCAGUUUCAAAACAGAAAAUCAUACAUUCUCCCACUGCAAUAAACACGACUACCCCAGGAGACACAUCAACCCAGAAUAAAAGUGCCGUCCCCACCGUAGGUAAUGUCACCUUUACCAUGGGAAAAAGCCAUCAGGUAGAAGCGGUGGUGGUACAAGAAUCCAGUACAAGUCUUGGCCCGAAGAAUGUUUCCUCCGAAAAGACUGUCACACCAGAUUUUGAUACAAAUGUUGGUCAGAAGGCAUCCCCUCCAACAAAGGAUUUUGGAAAGAGCUCCCCUGAGCCAACACCAUCAAAGAGCACAGGACCAAGGCAGGAAGAAACAGAGAUAACAAUGUCAGGUCCAGAUAUUUUACAAUUUAAUCCAACACCUGUGACUGGCAGCUACCAUCCACCUCACCUUUCCACCCCAUCGACGACAUCUGUUAGCAAAGCACCAGAAAUCGGCUCUUCUGAUCCAAGCACUUCAAAGAAGAAUCACACUGCCAUCAUUCUGGCUGUUGUCUUCUCUCUUCUGCUGCUUGCAGGCCUCCUUACUUUUCUGUACUGUAGGCAUCGCCAUCGCUCUGGCUCUACCAACUUCAAUGCCCCAGAAUGGGCUGGACAAGCGGCAUUACCAGAUGAUUCAGGCUUGGAUAAGGAUGUUGAACACGAGGCGGGGGCUGUAGGGGAAGGGGAAGCCAGACGUGGGACUCUCGUCACUUUCUUUGAGGACAAAAGGGGUGACGUAAGGUUGGAUGGCUGACCAAUUUCCAGGUGGUGGUGCUGGAGAAUGCUGUGAAGAGGUGAGGGGUUGUGGCUGAAGAAUGAGCAUUGAUCAGGCUUUCAGCCUGUAUUGUAGGAGAAAAUCUUGAUCACCAUUGCUAGAAAGAAAGUAUAUUAACAAAAGUUCUGUUUGCUUUUAUGAUGCUGCAAUUUGCUUGGGGGAUUCGUUCUCAGAAGUGCUGUGUGAGUGGCUUUUAUGUAUAUGUAUAGGAAUAGCCUAACUAGAUUUUUCAUUAACUCAGAUUUUUCAUUGUAUCAUCUCUCUGGGAAUGUGAAUAAAGAAAUGUCUUUAUAUGGGCAUUCCCAAAGAGCUGAUAUAGCUGGCAGUAAGAGGUAUGUAGGUUUAAAUGUUUUUAUUUAAUUCAGAGACCUUUCCAAUUAUUCUGCAGUGUUUUUUCUUUUGCGUCACUUCAAAAGUAUAAAUUUUAAAACAGCCAGGGGAGAGGGUAUUUCUUCCUUUCUAAAAGCCUUUAGAUUAAUAUAAAGGCAAAGCAAAAAAUAUCUAGUAGACAAAACAUACAUUUAUUUACAAAUAUAAGUGUUUAUAUUCUGAAUUAUAUGAACAUAUAUUAAGUAGGAAUACCAUUAUACUUUGCUUGUCCUUGCUCAUAUAUUAAAGGUCUGUUUCUGUUGGAAGUAGAUCCAGUGGAUUGGCAGGUUAAACUAGUUCAUCCUGUUACACAACUUUUACUUAGUUUUUCCUAGGGGAAUAGCCUUUGAUCCCGAAUAAUGUUAUACUUUCAUCACAGGAACUCGUUAACAAUGGGCUAAUUAAUAAAUAGAUAAAUCAAUGGCAGAAAUUGCAAUGCCAUUCUAUGGCUGUUCUCUUGGGAAUAAGUCCCACUGAAUGAGACUUACUCCGGUUAAGUGUGUAUGAAAUUGCUGUCUGAAAAAGGCAAGCUCUUUUCUCAUUAGCCAAGUCUUGAGUUAUGGCAAGUGGGACAGAUUGCAAAUGCUGUUCUAUUCAAAUAGAAAUAGCUCCCCCUCCCCCCCAAAAAU